AUGGCCUCGCACGCACUUCUCAGGAGCGACGGCGCCGCCGUGGCCUGCGGGAACAACCACUCGGGGGAGUGCAGCCUGCCGGGCCUCGCGGCGGGCCUGACGUACACGCAGGUCGCCGCGGGUGUCGCCCACACGGUCCUGCUGCGGAGCGACGGCGUGGCUGUGGCCUGCGGCAGGAACGACUCUGGGCAGUGCGACAUCCCGGCCGCGGGCGACGGCCGGACCUACACGCAGGUCGCAGCGGGCGGCAGCCACAGCGUCCUGCUCAGGAGCGACGGCACGGCGCUGGCCUGCGGCAACGACUACUGCGGGGAGUGCGACCUGCCGGGCGCGGGCCGGCACCUGGCCCACACGCAGGUGAGCGCGGGCUUCGGCCACACCGUGCUGGUGCGGAGCGACGGCACGGCCCUCGCCUGCGGCAGCAACGACUCCGGGCAGUGCCAGUUCCCCUCCGCGCCGGUGGCUUUCCAGACGUGGACAGAGUGGGCGCGCUCGAAGGGCUCGAAGCCCAUCAGCCUGCGGUACGAGCCGUACUCCUCGCCCGCGAAGUCGCUCCCCACGCUGGUGCUGCAGGCGGCCUUCGACGGCUCUUCGAUAUGCUUCACGACGCUAGGCGGAGAGAAGCUCUGCCAGGUCUCGGCGUCGCCGUCUGACGACCUGACGGACUUGUAUUCCCAAUUGAUGGCCGGCCGUCUUGCAGGCAUGGUGGGAACGGAGUUCUCCAGGGUCGAAGUAGUCCUGCCGGGAGGCGGACUACUUGGGCGUGUUACAGCCGAAGCGGCUCGCGUGAGCAUAUUCGCUUCUGCUGCUGCAUGUGGCGCUUCUGACCGUCAUUGAUCCGUGCUGUGGUGCGUAAAGAGUUCUGGCGGGGAAUUGCAUGCAUUUGAAUCGUAUCUAUGGCGGAUACGAGAGCAGCCCAGAGCGCUGCGGGGCAUGAUUUUUAUGAAUGUUUGCCCGAGCUUCUAACAGGCGUGCCUGUCGGCAGUGAACGCAGCCGGCUUGCUGCUGCUGCUCCCGACCCCGUCGUCGUCCUCCUCCUCGCUGUUCUCCGGAGCGUUCUGGAGUGCUCCGAGAAGGCCGCGACGUCCGAUACAGCCUCC